AUUGAGGGGUGAUAGAUUUAAGACAGAUGUCAGAGGCAGGUUCUUUACUCAGAGAGUGGUAAGGGCGUGGAACGCCCUGCCUGCCAGUGUAGUUAACUCAGCCACAUUAGGGGCAUUUAAACAGCCCUUGGAUAAGCAUAUGGAUGGUGAUGGAAUAGGCUUAGAUUAGUUCACAGGUCGGCGCAAUAUCGAGGGCCUGCUCUGCGCUGUAUUGUUCUAUGUUCUAGAGACGGUGAGGGGUCAACAGUGGAAAUGUGUGUGACAGUCAGAGAAUGGGUGAGCGAGCCAGCGACUGGCGUUGAGGAAUAUUUUUUUCGAGCCCCGUUCGUUGUUUUUUUUCUUUCCUGUCGUGGGCCCAUCUCAACUUCCCCAUUUCCUCCGACUGACGCAGAGCAGAGAGAAAAAAGUUGAAAGUUUCUCGGCUUCAAAACAUAACUGGGCUCUGUGUGUGUGCGCACGUGUAGCAGAGCAGUGAAUCUCAAGGAGUGCGUGAGAGACAGAGAGGAAGAGGAGCCGAGCUGCCAACAUGUCUUCACCGUACUUCGUGUUAGACAUCCCUGCUCAGACUAUGGAAGAGUUUUAUCUGAUAAUGGACACUCUAGCCCCGGGGAUGUGGCACCGUUUUGCCUCUCGGAUCAUAGCUGACCAGACUGAACUGAGAAAGAUUGAAUCUCUUGGAGGAAAUAACAGCAGGACCAGAGAGCUGAUGUGGGCAUGGGGAAUGAGACAGGCGACAGUUCAACAGCUUCUACACAUCCUGAAUGAGAUGCAGCUGUACCGUGUAGUUGACGUUAUUCUGUCACGAAAGCCCACAGCUUCUUUCAUUACACAGCUUGCGAGCUUGCAUGUUCCCUUGCCAGAAACGUCUGAGAUGUUCUGUGCACCUCUACCUUCCACUCAUCCAGUAUUGAAUUGUGAAGACAACAUAGAUUUGUUGAACAAUGUGCACCAACAGAAUCCACUUCCUAGACCAUCUGUUCCUUCAAGUCUCUGGAGCUCUACUUUAGAGUCACACCGUGACAAACACGGUGUGCCCAAGAUGGGUGAAUUCAGCAACAUACACCUCCAGGAAUCCAAUAACCAUCCUGCUACAUUCAACUAUAUCUGGCCCUUACAGGACCUGAAGGAAGCCACUGAUAAUUUCAACGACAAGUAUAAGAUUGGCUCAGGAACAUUUGGCCACGUUUACAAGGGUCACCGCUUCAAUACUGAGUACGCCAUAAAACUGCUAAAGAAGGUGGAUGAUGCCAAUUUGAAAAACACAAGGGAUUUUUUUCACAGAGAGGUUGAAAAUCUUUACCAGCUUCGACACUCUAACAUUUUGGCUCUAGAAGGCUGCUGCGCUGAAAAUGACAUAUACUGUCUAAUCUAUCAUUACAUGUCCAAUGGUUCGCUUGAGAGCAAACUUCAGUGCACAAAUCCGGCCGAUGCAAUUUCAUGGAAUAUACGUAUUAACAUUGCAGUUGGAACAGCAAGAGCGAUUCAGUUCCUGCAUGAGAGUCAUGUGCCUUUAAUUCAUGGAAAUAUAAAGUGUUCUAACAUUCUGCUGGAUGAAUAUUUUGUGCCAAAGCUUGGUGAUUUUGGUCUGGUGAAGACUGGUCCUUUGAAUGGAAGUGUGAAUCCCUUGAACAGCCACACUACCCUGAAGACUAAGACUUUACAGGGACCUCUGGCCUACUUACCCGAUGAGUUUAUUCGUCAUAGGUGGCUGUCUGUGAAAGUUGACACCUUCAGCUUUGGAAUAGUUCUUGCUGAGAUUCUGACUGGUAUCAAAGCAAUGGAUGAAAACAGGCAACCAGCAUUUUUGAAAGAUCUUAUGAUGGGAGAAAUGGAGGCAGCAAAGCAAACAAAAAAUGCUGCAGGUCCAGAGAAAACAGCACACGACAUUUGUCAGAUGUACUUGGAUACCAAAGGUGGCCCUUUUCCAUUACGUUUUGCAAUUCAAUUUGCUGUUAUCACCUGUCAAUGCAUCAAAAAGAAAAGGCCUGAGAUGAAAGAGGUUUAUUCAAUGCUGGAGAACCUUGAGCGUCAGGUAAGAAGUCACAGCCUGCAGAACUCUCCUCAGGAAGUAGAAGAUAUUUCGUACAAGUUACAUCAAUUGGAUUUAAUCCCACAGGAAAACACAGAGAUUCUUUAUCCUCCUCCAGCUUCAAAACAUGGUGUAAACCCUUUACAGUCUGAGAGUCCAAGCAUAUUCGAGGAAAUCUCCUCACAAUUGCCAGAUACAAAUUUGCCAAAAAUACCAUGUGAAUCGGAUGAGUCAGACGACUUUGGUCAUUAUCGUGUGCCGGCAUCUCUUGACCAAUUAUCUUGUAAAAAGGAUGAUAUUAACUCAAAGUGGCUUCACAGUGACUCCAGCCCACACUCCCAGGCAACUGAAGACAGUUCAACUUACACAAGAAAAAAUGUUUGUACAGUCAGCCGGGAGCCAGUAGAGACCACUUCUAGCUCUGUGCACAAAUCGUCUCCAGCAAGAAAUCAUGUCUCAGAAAAGCUUUGCAUUCCUCCUGUUGACUCUGAUGCUGCAUCAAGUGGCAGUUGGGAAUUUCACCUAGACAGUGAAGGUAGAAGGGUAAAUCCUGUUAACCACACAGAGACCACAAAUCCUGCAAUGAACCACUGCUGCUGUAACCCUGGUGUUUCUCCUCUGCAAGACAGACUGAUGACCAGCUUUGAAUCUGAAAAAGCAAAGUCACCCUCAAGAUGCACUUUGUGCAAAAGUUUUCAUGUCAAUGAGCAAUGUGAGGAAGCAGUUUAUGCGUAUGAAUGCUGUGGAUUAUCUGCGGGAUGCCAAACUGGAGUGCCUGAAAGCAUGAGUCCAGCAGAAAUAUCGUCGUCUUCAAAUAUCAAGAUAAACCGUCACAAAAAGAAACUACUGGCUAAGAUUCUUUUAUAUGAAGAGGAGAGAAUAAACAGUGCUGAGCUCCUGUCAGCUCCUUCGUUGUCUGGUGAAGAUGUGUAUACUGACAGCCUUUUUGAAUGAAUUACAAUAAGAACUACAAUCUGGGUGUGGUACUAAACUGCUGAAGAUAAUGUGAAACUGGCUGGAAAUGGAGAAGAAUACGGACUAAAGGCGGAGAGUGAAGGGCCCUAUCUUCAAUGCGUGGACCAAGGAUAUGUUUAUCUGCUUCAACUGUUAUGAACACAUAGGCUGCUACCAUAUAUUUGGGUAGUAGUAUUUUCAAACAAGAUAGCUCCUGAUGGAGUCCCCAUUUAUGCCAUGCUUAACUAGAGGUAGUUUGGCUAUUAUGUGCAUUUUGUCAACGCAAAUUAGCUAUAAUGCGUUUGAUAAAUUAGUGAACACUGGAUAACGCGAGCUUUCUGUUCUACCGGUACGGCAAUUUUCUAUAGCGAUCUUCUAUACCACGGUUCUCUGUAGUGCACAGUUGCACAUGAACACCACUAUCAUGUUAUACCAGAACUACCUGUACUCCCAUUUCACAAUUUGUCACAUUGUUUGGUACAGUAGAUUUGCUCUGUGGCAGUUGAUAAACUUAUCAUGUUUAUGUUUGAAUUUUAUUGCUUGAAGUUUCAAUGAAUUUUUUUUUGUAACCUAAGCGAACUCAGGGAUACAGCUUCUUUUCCAGGUCUUAACUAGGUUUGCUGAUUUCAUCGGGAUGAUAAUAAAGUACUCUGAAUGGAGUCUGUGGAUGCAUUAGGAAGACAAAAUCAGUCACAGUUAUCAACUCCUAUCAUGACAUCUCCUCAAAAAGGAUCAACAUCAAAUGAACAGAACUGAGCUCAAGUGUAAUAGCCUCUGCAAUCAAAUUGAGUGAGAUGCAGGUGGGCGAAUGAAAUGUGCAUGAAAAGCAAUCAUUUAGAAGAACAGAUGCCAAGGGUUCCACUGCAUUGUGUGACUAUGACAUGUGGGUUUUUCCUGUGACUUGGUCGUGGAAAAACCACAACUAGAUGUCAGCAGAAAUAAUGGGAACUGCAGAUGCUGGAGAAUCCAAGAUAGCAAAGUGUGAAGCUGGAUGAACACAGCAGAACAAGCAGCAUCUCAGGAGCACAAAAGCUGAUGUUUCGAGCCUAGACCCUUCAUCAGAGAGGGGGAUGGGGAGAGGGAACUGGAAUAAAGAGGGAGCGAGGAGGAGGCGGACCGAAGAUGGAGAGAAAAGAAGAUAGGUGGAGAGGAGAGUAUAGGUGGGGAGGCAGUCCAGGGAAGACGGACAGGUCAAGGAGGCGGGAUGAGGUUGGUAGGUAGGAAAUGGAGGUGCGGCUCGAAGGCAGUUGGAGAUGAAGAGGUCGAUGGAGGGUAGGAGGCCUGGGGGUGGUGUGCAGGCAGAGGACUUGUGUUGGAGGCGGGUAAAGGGGUCAGUGGAGGGAGGUUAGGCUCCCGGUGAAAGAAGUAAGCGUGGAGGCGAAGGCGGCAGAAAAACUGCUCAAUGCCCAAACGUGACUGGUUUGCUUCAGGACAUGGUCAAGCAGUUUCAAGGCUGAAGAGAUUACAAGAGAGUUGCAGUGGGAGAGAGAUUCCCUGAGGUUGGUCCGGAGGGAGGAGGGUAACUUUUUCAGUUUAGGCAUCCCUGGAAGAGGCGUCGCGCCUCUAUUAAAACAGUAGUAAAACAUUACAAAGCUGUUACAAAACAAGUUUUUCUAUUCCAUCUUUUCUGGUAUUGUUAGCAUAACAUGUUACGUUUUGUUGCGCUUUUUCAAAUGCCAUGGUGAGGGACUGAAAUAAACAUACUAUGGGAAUGCUUGGAUCUACUAUAAAAGGAUGGGUGUGAGGGGAUGUCGUAGACAGAGUAAAAAUUAGCGAGAGAAAGGGAUGGAAAAGUAGAAAGGUUAUAGGAAAAGUAAGUGAGAGGAAAAACUGUUAGAGAAAAAUGAUAGAGACCAGCAGAGACCUUGUGCUACACCAUACAGUCAUCUUAAUCCCCAGUGCCUGUCAAUUUCUACCCUCAAUCCAAAGAUCACUGUCACUUCUGUUUCCUAUCUCAGCAGAUUUCAUAUCCAGGUUACUACUGAGCCCUUCAUUUUGUGAACUCUGACUUUUUGCACAAGUCUGUUAGGCUAUACUUUAUCUACUGCCUUUUGGAAGUCCACACACACCACAUCACUAUCUCCAUCCUCUUUGUUACUUCAUCAAAAGCUCAAAUAAGUUAUUUAAACACAAUUUGUUCUGAACACAUAAUGGUGGUUUUCCUUAAUUCUCUAUUUCCCUACGUGACUGUUAAUUCUGUCACAAAUUAUAGUUUCUAAAAGCUUCUCCAGCAUGGAGAUUAAACUGACAGGUUUGUGUAGCUGGGCUUGUCCUAUAUUCCCUUCUUUGUUCAAAGGAUGAAACAUUUACAAGAUAUUUGAUUUUUUUUUUAAUGUUAACAACCAGUCCCUUUGAAAACACUAUUUACUUCUGAUUACUUCUUCCACUAUCUAUAUUCAGUCUGUUUCUCACUUGUAUUACAAAUCUUACAUCUUUCUUUCAUGCCUUUUUUCUGCUUCAUCUUACCCGCUAUCUUUUUCAUUAACUGUGGAAUUUUGACUUUGUUAUCCUACCUUUCUUCCUCUUGGGAAAUAAUUUCAACUGUACCCAAACUAUUUUGACUUUUAAACCAGUUCAUUUACCCUACAACUUUUGAUUCUAAUUUAUUUGGUUCAGAACUGCAGUAGGAUAAGAACAGGUCCUCCCCUGCUUUUGAUUAUGAAUUGUCUCUUGUCCUUUUCCGAAGCUAACCUAAACCUUAUGACACUAUGAUCACUGUCACCAGCUUUCCCAUACUGCAAAGCAAUCCACUUGACCCACUUAAUUUCCCAGGACCAAAUCCAGCAUUACUUCAUUAGACCAGAAACAUAGUAAUCUAAAAAAUUCUUCUGAACAUACUGCAGAAAUUCUUUCCCCAUUCAGAGAGUUUCUGCACAACACCAACAGAAAUUGCUAGAGAAAUUCAUCAGGUUUAAUUAGGUCACUAGAUCUGAAACUUUAACUCUGAUUUCUCUCCACAGAUGCUGCCAGACCUGCUGAGUUUCUCCAGCAAUUUCUGUUUUUGUUUUGGAUUUCCAGUAUUGGAAUGCUUUUUCUUUGAGAACUUGGUUUCAGAUCUGUUCAGCUUUCCAGAACCAGGAGUGGUUUGCUUUAGUGUUGUAUUGUUUCCUUGAUCUAAGAUGGGGAUAGGGUGAAGAAAGGAAAACUGUCAACAAACAAAUGCAAUGUGAAAUAUUAAAUGGUUAAUCAAUAAGUGUUGGCUUUGCCUUUGAUAUAUUGCUAUUAAUGCUUAUGUUAAUGUAUAUUAAUGCCUAUCGAUACUACCAGACCUCCUUUCAUUACUUGCCUAUAUUUCUUGUUCACCUUGUAUCCAGGAAUACUUAGCAAUCAGGUCUGCCCUUUCUCGAACAACGUCUCUGUUAUUGUUGUAGCAUUUUCUAUCCUCACGUGCAGCUCACCUACCAUUUGGACACAUUAAAUUUAGGCCAUUUUGUAUUGCCUCCUUCUUUGAUUGGGAAUGUGAAAUAUUAAAUGAUUAAUCAAUAACUGUUGGUCUUGCCUUUGAUAUAUUGCUAUUAAUGUUUAAAAGAUUGGUAAAAUAAUUUGUGAUAUUAUAAAGGAUUUUUUCACCCCUGUAGUUUCAAAAAAAAAUCAGUAUUAUUAAGGAACACACCUGAUAAUGUUUAAACUGUUAACUAAUAGAAUUCUAUUCGCUUAAAUAGGUGCCUUUGUAAAAUUAUUACGUCCCUACUCUGAACCCACCUAAUGACUUGUUGUUUCUUACACUAUUCCAAACGUUUCCCCUGCGCCCCCCCCCCAGUUCUUUGUGCAACUUGUUCUUUCUUUCUAAUAUUCCAUCGUAGUUCCUAUCCCUUACCAAAUUGAUUUGAGUCUUCUACAAUUAUGUUGGCAAACUGUCCCACAAGGACAAGGUCACAGCCAUGUAGAAUUACAACCCAUUCAACUGAGGUCUCAACUCCCCAAGAACUAUUUGCAAUGUCCCAAGAAUCUACACAUCUCUAGCACAUCUCUUCAGUCACAUAUUCAUUUGUUCAAUAUUUGAUUUCUGAAACCACUUGUAGUCUGUGGUACAAACAUUUUUUUGAGUUGAUGAGCACUGUGAAAAAGAAUCAUAACACAUGGAAUUUGGGUAAAUUUAGUAAAUUCUGGAUCACAAGUUUUUUUUUGAAAAGUGGAAAACUUGAGAAACAUGAGGGCAGAAACGCUGUUGUUACCUUGACUGAGCUAUCAAUCACAUGUUUUAACGAACCUCUGUAUAUGAGAUGCUACUAUGAACUAAACUAUGUGGAAGCUUUGUACAGUAUUUUAUAUCAUUUUUAAUUGUU